CUCUGAGGACUUUAGUGAGAAGCAACUUUUAUUUUUCUUAUAUGUUUUUUUUUACCUGUGCAUGUCCAAACUGCCGUGCUGUGCUCAAAAAGGAAUUACAUCUGAAAGGAACGUCACGGCUUUAUUUUUUGUAUUUUUUCCACUUCCACUGUUUUGCGGGUUUUGGCUUUUUGUGCUCAUCAGGAUAAACUGUGUUAUUAUUUUUGCUUUCAUAUUGUUAUUAUUAUAUUAUUUUAAUUUUCGGAGUUAUACUGUAUAACCAGAAGGGAAAAGUAGGGCUAAUUUAUUUUAAACACCUGUUUUCAUACUAGCGAAUCACAUUUAGAACACCUGCGUGUACAAAUUUGACUUUUGUUUUUUUCUUGCGUGGAGAAAUAUAUACAUAUAAAAAUAUAGUGCACUCCAGGUCAACAUCUCUCCCCCUCUCUUUUUUUUUUAAAAAAAGGGACGCGUUUUAUUUUAUUUUCUAUUAUUAUAAUUAAUAUUAUUGCAAGCGUAUUUUAUUAUCUUUUGAGACUAUGAAGCAUUUGCAAUUUGUGCUUGUGCUGGCCAUCGCGGUCAACGUGUGGGAAUGUGGGGACGCAAAGUUUGGCGAGAGAGGAGAAAUGAGCCCCAGGAGAAGAAGAUGUUACGACGGAAGCUUGCCCAAGCGGCUGAAGAAAAGGGAGCGAAAACUGUUGCUUGACGGCAGCAGCGGAGGAGAAGUUUGCCACAGGCUGUAUCCUCGCGUAUCCUGCUGCCCCACCAGGAGAGCCGCCUAUCAGAUCCUGCACCGCAGGGAUCCCAGGAUUUUCUCCACCAACAAUACAGAAUGUGGACGUCUCCUGGAGGAGAUCAAGUGUGCUCGCUGCUCCCCCAAUGCCCAGGUGUUGUUCCACUCCUUGGACAUGGAUAAGAUGCCACACAGGGAGCCAGACCUGCCACGGCUCUGCCAGAACUUCUGCCGCGAGUUCUACUACACCUGCAGGGGGCACAUACCAGAACUGUUCCAAGCCGAUGUGGAUGAGUUCUGCCAAUACUAUGGGAGGAGAGAUGCCAGUUUGUGUUUUCCAGAUUUUCAACGAAAGCAAUCACAUCGUCAGGAUUCUAACUACUUGGGAGAUGAGAAAAUAGAAGAAAUCAGCAGGAAACACAAACACAACUGCUACUGUGCCCAGGAGGUGUUGAGUGGUCUAAGGCAGCCGGUGGCUGUGGUGCACUGUGGAGAUGGUUCCCAGCGGCUCUUUGUCCUUGAGAGGGAGGGAAUUGUCAGGAUACUCAACCAUAACCUCGAGCUAAUUAAGGAGCCUUUCUUGGACAUCCACAAGAUAGUGCAGAGCGGCUUGAAGGGCGGAGAUGAAAGGGGCCUGCUAAGCCUGGCAUUCCACCCCAAUUAUAAGAAGAAUGGCAAGCUCUACGUCUCCUACACCACCAACCAAGAGCGCUGGGCCAUCGGACCACACGACCACAUUCUCCGUGUGGUUGAAUACACCGUUUCGAGGAAGAACCCAAACCAGGUAGACACAAGGACAGUCCGAGUACUAAUGGAAGUGGCGGAGCUGCAUAGGAAGCACCUUGGGGGCCAACUUCUCUUUAGUCCUGAUGGUCUGUUGCACAUCAUCCUGGGAGAUGGCAUGAUCACUUUGGAUGAUAUGGAAGAAAUGGAUGGACUGAGUGAUUUCACAGGGUCUGUGCUAAGGGUCGAUAUAGACACAGAUAGUUGUGCUUCUCCAUAUUCCAUACCACGGAGCAAUCCCUACUUCAACAGCACCAACCAGCCACCUGAAAUCUUUGCACAUGGAUUACAUGAUCCAGGCAGGUGUGCAGUGGAUCGACUUCAGUCAGACAAUGGGAGUCUUGUAAUCCUCUGUACAGAUGCCAGUGGCAGAAACACAACAGCAGGAAGAAUACUGGAAAUUACUAAGGGGGGCGAUUAUGAAAAUGAGCCCUCUGCCUAUGACCUGCAUUCCAGUGGUGGAGCACCACCUGUGGGGGGUUUCAUCUACAGGGGCUGUCAGUCUAGGAGACUUUAUGGCAGUUAUGUCUUUGGAGAUAAAAAUGGUAACCUUCGCAUCCUUCAGAAGUCUACAUCUUCCACAUCAGCGAGUGGUGAAGAGUGGCAGGAAAAAGCUCUGUGCCUGGGCUCAGCUGACUCCUGUGGCACUAUGCUUGUUGGACACAUCUUGGGUUUUGGAGAGGAUGAACUGGGUGAAGUCUACAUACUGGCAAGUAGUAAAAGCAUGGUGCAGUCACACAGCGGGAAACUCUACAAGCUGGUGGACCCGAAAAGGCCUUACACCCCUAAGGAGUGCCAGCAUCAGGUGGAGCCACCGGAGCUGCUGAUGACAGCUUGUUCCAGACACUGUAAGAACGGCCGCUGUACUCCCACCGGCAAAUGCUGCUGCAACCCCAGCUGGGAAGGACAAUUCUGCCGAGUCGCCAAAUGUGAACCAGCCUGCCGCAAUGGAGGAGUCUGCGUGGAGCCCAACAAGUGCCUGUGUAAGAGUGGCUACUCCGGCAACCAGUGUGAGAAGAGCGAGCGGGGUAUGCCCAACGACCAGGAGAACAGCGGGAUAGUGGACCACAUCAUCGACAUGACCUCGUACCUCUUAGACCUGACCAAGUACGUCGUAUAGUGGUGCACGGAGGGGGCCGCUCCCCAUCAUCCAUCCUCAAGUCUACACACAUCUACCUUUCGCCCUCAAAAGACUCUUAAAGAGGUUUGCUAAAUGUGGCCUCUUAAUUUCCCCUCACAUUCACACGGGCAAGCACACACACACACACACACACACACACACACAUGCAGGACCCCAUCAGACUGCUUUUAAACCACAUCACCAUACCAAGCUUUUCCUCUCCUUACCUAUAAGCUACUUGUUCCUGAGCACCAGGCCUGGCAUCCAAGCCGUGUUCACAUUUCAGAGAGCCCUGCAGACAGCUGAUUGAUGAGUUCCACUAAGACAUUUCCUCUGCCGCUCUGAAAACGCCUUCACUGGCUCCACAGGAACAGGAACUCUGCCGGAGCGGACUGUUGAAACCCCGAGACUUUUAUGCUGCCUUACGAAAAAUGGAGUUUUAGGCAUUUCAGUGGAGACAGUUGAUUAUUCAGGAGUUCAUUAAGGAUUCAGAAUUGGGUGGCUCAAGAUGCAGUUUGUGUUCACGGUCCGUUGAAAACCUAGCAAAGAAAUAAAUGUCUACGUACUCAGACUGUGAGCACGAGGCAUGCGUCUCAUAGAGCCUGCAGUGCUUUUUGCUUUACUAUUCCAAAAGCACUAACAAGAGGAAGGCUGUGUUGACUCAUUUAUGUUGUGUUCAGUUUGUGGGUACAUUGUCAUAAACAGCAAUUUACAGUAUAAAGAACGUAUCACUCAUUUGCUAUCAGUGUACAGAGAGGAUCUACACACAGACGUAGGAAUGAGCGAGUUGAGAACAUUGUACUUUGUCAGCGCCAGUUUCAUACAAUUUGAACAGAGUGUUCGAUUCCCAUGCACUGUAUCGUUUUCCUUUCAUUCACUUUUUUAUUCAAAAUUAAUUUCAACAUUUAUUAAAAGCGCAAUGAGAGUAGUUUCAGCUCCACACGUUCACACAGCACACUGUCACAGGUAUGGUUUAACAAACUCCUUUCAUUGCGUCACACACUGAAGCAGAAAGCUGAAGUCAAAACUACAAAGGGAAGGGAUGAAACGCGCUGAUGUAUAUUUCCAAUAGAGCUUACCUACUUAGCAAUACAAGAAAAAAUCUACAAAAAAAAUCUAUAGCAUUACUAUUGUUAUCAUAGAGGAGGGUUUAUUUUUUUAAGCGUAAUAAUAUAUGGGAGAAUAUGGUGUUUAUAGAAAGCAAUUUUACACUAAGCUCGUCAGUUCAUGUCAUUUCAUGUUGUACUUAUACAUAUGCAGCUUUUAUAAAAGACACGUGAGGAUGUUUUCUUUUUUCGCCCAGAGUACAAGUAACGCAUGUCUGUGCCUGCAAAUAGUCAUUCGGAGCAGUUGGUGAAGCUCAUCUAAAACCCACCCACCCCCAUCCCCACAGCAAGACAGUCAGAAUUGUGCUUCUGUAGUAAGAUGAUCAAAGAUCCCGACAGGCCACCAAGUCAGUGUGGCAGGAGCUCAGAGGCAGGGCUGGCAUUAACCUGAGGAAGAAAGCUCAAAUUCUCUUGUGAGCAUUUCCAGAGUAAGGCAAGAAAUUUUAAGAAUGUGUUUGUUAUUACAGAUGCAUAUAGAUGCAUUCUUUUAAACCGGAGACUCAUCCUAAUAAGAACAUUUGAUUUUUUUAUUUUUCUUCUUCACUACCCGUAAAGCCAGUCUUCCCAGAACUGACAGCUGUUGUUUUAACCGUUUUUAAGGAAAAUAUUUAUCCUUGUACUUUAUCCACAGCUUUUAUUUUGAAAAUCUAGUUUCAAUAACUUGAUUUUCAAUUGAAGUUUAGUCAGUUGAAGUUUAGUGGCCAUAAAUGAUGUGCUUGUUGUUCAUCUCCUGCUUUCCUUGUGUUUGCUGAAAUAAAACAACUGUACCUGGUCUUAAAACAUCAAAAAGGAAUUCAUGCUGUAAAAUGGAAAAUUAUAAUUUUUUAGCACUUAAUGUGAAAGUUGCAUUGUAGCUGCUGAGACGGCGUGGUGUGAAUAGAAUAACCAUUUUCAUUAUUUAAGUAGUUACACAAAUAAAAUAAUUAUUUAAAUUCUCUAUGUUGUUUUUACCAUUGUACUGUAUGUGACAAUUUUGUAUUCCUGUAUUGUAAAUAAAAGUAGGGAUAACUUGGUUUCUCUUCAGAAAUAUCAAUAUGUCUAUUAAAAUGU